CAAACAGAUGCCUAACUGUGACUGGGGGUGUGGUUUUAAACAGGCUGGACCAGAUUUCCCAGGAGUCCUUGUUGUGUUUCUUUAAAAUAUAGUGCAUAACUGGAGCAGGGGGAAAACUCACGCUAGCACAUAUUUGCGUUGCUGGGAGCUGAGGAUAUGCCAAAGGCUUCCUGAAGGCUUCAGCGGAUCCAGCUCAGAGCUCACAAGUCCGGGGGAUGAGCACAGAGUUCAAGUUAAAGAGCUCAAGAUGAAGAAACAUUCAACCACCCGGGGAUUAAAAGAAACGCGAGGGUAUGAGAAGCAGAGAAAUUUUUACACACAGACAACGCUCAAAUCUAAGAGAAAAUCUGACCUGGUCCCUAUCAAGGUCUUCUUCCCCUGCAGUCAUGAAGGACCGCAUGGAGGAGCUGCGUCAGCGGAUGAAGGCCAGCGAUAAGCCGGUGGAUAACAACCCCUUCGGCGAGGACGAGGAGGAGGAGGAGGACAUGGACCCGUCCUCGCUGAUAGGCCUGCAGGCGGUGAUCUUCGAGGCAGAGCCCGUCCUGGAGAACUUCUUAAAGGAGGCCCAGAGCGUUCGUGACGGCAUCGAGGAGCUGAACUCUGAAGUCAGUAAGUUCAGCCAGCAGCAGAGGAACUUUGUGGCCACCAUCAGGCGCCUCAGCAUCAUGAAAAAGGAGAGCAGCAUGACGCGAGACAUCAAGCUGUUGGCCGAGAGCCUGCAUAAAAAGUUAGACGUGCUUUCCAAGCAGGCUAAGCAAACCGAGGCCGAGCUGGGUCCUGACGUCACCACGUCUCGUAUCCAGAAGGCCCAGCACGCGGCCCUCUUUCGCCGGUUCCAGCAGGUAAUGCGGCAACACAACGACGCCAUCCUGAGCAAGCAGAGCAAAUGCAAGCAGUUCAUCAUCCGGCAGCUGGAGGUGUCGGGCCGUGAGGUGUCCGAAGACGAGGUGGACAACAUGAUAGAGCAGGGCAAGUGGGAGAUCUUCAAUGAGAACAUCAUAGUGGAUGCAAAGAUCACCCGCACGCAGCUCUCAGAGAUCGAGCAACGGCACAAAGAGCUCCUGAACCUGGAGAGCAACAUGAAGGACCUGCGAGAUCUCUUUCUAGACGUGUUCAUGCUGGUGGAGGAGCAAGGCCACCAGAUUGAGAACAUACAAGCAAAUGUGGAGAAGACUCAAGACUAUGUAGCGGUCACGAAGGAGAAGUUCAAAAGGGCUGCCAGAUAUAAGAAGAAGAACCCUCUCAGAAGACUGUGCUGUUGUUGCUGUCCUUGGUUCAGAUAGCAUGGCAGGGCUUGGAAGAGUAAACCAUGGGAACGUUGCUCAUUUACUGUGCUCUCAAGUACCGAAUACAAAAACUGCAGACAUUGACCUCUGUCUGAUGAAGAUAAAAAGCAAAAGCAAAAGCACUAAGCACUUUUGAGCAAUAUUAAAACAGAAUAUCUUAUAUUCAGAAAAUAAUAUUAAUCAGACUAACUCCACACAAUCUUAAAAAUUAAGGUUUCAGAAGGGGUUUUUUAUAGCAAUGCCAGUUUUGGUUCCCCAAAGAACUUUAUCUGCCUUUUUCUUCAACACGGAAGAAGCCUAUGGGUGAGACUUCCGGUUCGUUAAACGGUAUGGAAAAAUGACUAGGAGAAUAACAGCUUCCUGUAAAGGGUAAAACAGUUUGUACUACAAACCAGUGUUUAUAACUAAUACAAUAUAAUACUAAUAUAAUAUUAAUAAUAUAAUACAUAAAAAAAUAUGCUCGGAUGAGACUGGAAACGACACCCAUAGAUUUGCAAAUGGCCACGCCCAUUUCUAUGUCAAGAAAAAGGUGGAUAGUGGGCAUUUCUUAAAAGAACCAAUAAGGCUCCAAAAAAUAUCGCAGAGUCCGCACCACAACGAUAAAGAGAAACGAAGUGGAACAACUUUUUCGAGCUGACGACACAAACAUUGCCAGCCAAUCAGAACCCAUCCUGUUCGCACGAGCUCGAGAAUUUAAAGCGGCAGACGCACGUGCGCUCGAAUGAACACGCUAUCGUUUGCUGGCGUGGAAGCUAAUGUCGUUGUUUGUAUGGUUAUCGUUCUUGGUGUGAAGGGGGCUUUGGUGCGAAGAGCAGUUUAAUAAUCUAAUUUCCACCGUAAAGAAGUUUUUGUUGAAAGAAAAGUUUCCUUUGGGUCAAUGAAUGUCAAUGAAGAACCUUUAUUUAUUUUGUAGCUUUUAGCUGGGUGUUGACAUGGAAUACAAAUGGCUAUAUAAAGAUCGUACAAAGGCUUAUUAUGUUUUGUUAAAUCACAUAAGUUAUGUAAGAGGCAAUGAAAGGUAAACUUAUGCAUGUUGUUAUUGUGGGAAAGGUGCACUAUUUAUUUAGUCUAAUUGACUUUUUCAUUUCAGUAUUAUUUAACAUUUGUCAUUUUAAUGCAUUGUCUGCUUUAUGUCUUAUAUUUUCAAACAAAGGGCCUUUUGAAAGAUUUCUGCAGUUCUACAUGUAUGGAGGAGUUUACACAACACUGUUUUAACAAAAAAAAAAUAGUGAAUACUUUAUUAGUUGUGCAUUUACACAAUAAUGACUUAUUGUAGAUGUGAAAAUGCAAUUUUUUUUAAAAUUGCAUUUCAAAUUGCAAAUAUAUGAAAAUGAUACAAUCUACAAAAACGUGCAGUGCAUCUAGAUUUGCGAGCUGGUAUUUUGAAUGUUCAACACCAAUUAGCAAAAUGAACCGUUUUGUACAGAUAAAAAUAGCUGGACGUGGAUGAGACCGGAAGCUAGAGCCGUAGACUUUACACGUGGCUGCGUCCAUUUUGACGUCGAGAAAAAGGUGCAUAGUAUGAAUGAAAUUCGGGUGUAUCAUAUCCGCCAUGUUGUGACUUUCGGACGAUGAACUACAUUUCGUGCGUUAGCUGCAUUUCUUAUACUGCUAUUCAUGAAUCCUCUCCCUUGGCCUCAUACUCCAGAAUCCAGCGGUAAAAAGUAGGUAAUAAAUUAUUUUUUUACGAUAAUAACGGUGUCAUGUAAAUGCCCCCCAUAAAGCUGGGGUCACAUUAUUAAUCCACAAUUUCAAUUUAGACCUUAGUUUUAGAGACUCCAUGUUGAAUUUAAUGUGCAUGAAAAUAAGGCUGUGAAGGAUAGCAGGUUUUUAAAGCGACCGAUGCACACUUUAUAAACUCACACACCAUGAGUGCUAUCAGGCAUGUAUCAUUGAACUGAUGGACAUUUCUACAGUGUGAGCGCACUUUAAUUCGGAUGAAGUAGGCUAGUGAUAGGCCCACAAAGAUAUGAGUAACCAUUUUAAGAGGCCUAAUAUUUGCUCACAGUUAAUAAGCCUUUACCGUGGAGGUAAUUAGAAUGAAACUGGCUGGUCUCAUGAUGGGGUAAAUAAUGAAGACAUGUGGUGAGUCAACAGAGGUGUCAGGUGUUGGCACAGUUUCUAGGAUCUGGGUGUGUCUGUGUUUUCAGAGGAAGACGUGUUGCUAGAAAGUAAAGGUGAAGAAUAUUAUCAGGACGUGCAGUGCAGUCAGAACAGUGCAUUUGUGUUCACAAGGGUUCACGGUUUUUAUUUGACCAGUGAAUUAGCCUCUUAGCUUUUUAACUGUGUCGAAUUUCGAUUGCAUUUUUAUUUAAUGCAUAAAGCUCUAUGAAACGGUACAGAACUGAGCAUAAGCAUUUAUAGCCCACUGACUACAGAAACACAGCUUUUGUAAAGAUCUUUUAAAGAUGCAGUGUUUCCCGUGACGAGGCCCUGUGAUCAUAAAAUAAAUAUAUAAAUGUGUCGAUAUUCCAAAAACGAAUAUUCGGAUGUUAUUAAAGCUUGAAACGCUUCCUAAA